GGUUAGUAGUCAUGCUCGUUCGACGGUGCCACAUCUUUCACCUGCUCCAUCUCCUCAACAACCCGCCCAACACUCACGUUACGGUCGUAGAAGUGUUUCUACUGCACUACAAGCACUGGGACAGCAAGACAAAGAUCAUUUAGCUACCAGGCUGAAGAAUCAAAAAAACCGGUACUGAUACAUAUGGACCAGUUUGUAUAAACGGCGAUGGUUGUCGGCUUCCAAUCGUUGAACGACGAUGUUCUCGCCCUGGUCAUCGCGCUCAUCUCGCGCAGAGAUAUGAAAAACCUCGCCCUGACUUCUCGCACCGUUAGCCCCGUCGCCCGGCGGCGCCUUCUCUCCUCCCUACGCCUCAAAGCGCCAGUCAACAAUCUCGAAUUCCACAACUAUGUGCUCGAAGAGGACGACAGGCAGCGUAUACAGUACUUGCACAAGCUCACCAUCCUAUGCUCACUAUCCCCUUGGUAUCACGAGCCUGAGUCCGCCGACGUCUACUCCCCGCUUGCUACCGUCCUCGUGAGGGCACGAAACCUAUGGGCGCUUGUCGUGUCCGAACUAGAGGGGCAGCUUGCGACGGAAGGCGGGGGCGUAUUGGGCGAUGCAAUCGCGUCGGUGCGUGGCUUGCGCGAGCUCGAGCUGGACUGCGUCGCCACGCGGGGUAUGGCACUCUGUGAGAGGUUGACCUGCAAACCGAGUGUAGUCCGUCUCCAGGCGCUGUCGCUGCACUCAAUACCAAAUCCUCGUGCUGAAGUACAGCCUGCAACUCUUGCUGGGCUCGAAAUCCUGCGGAACGCGUCGGCGAUCACGUUACACAACUUCCAGCUUAUAUGCGACGAGGAGGAGGAGGUACCGCUUCCACAACCACACGCCUAUCGAUGGAACCGCGCUCGUAGUUUAAGUCUAAAGAACAUGGACCCGGUUGCACUUGCCCCAUUGUGCCCAAACCUCGGGUACCUCCAAGUGGCAUUCUGGCAGGCAGACGACGAUGGCAGUGGGACAACCUACGGCGACGAUUACCAUUACACCCGCACUGCAGAGUUCACAGAUGAUGUCCAUGUUGCUUGCCACCUGCGCGUCUUGGACAUCUACAACAAAGUGAACUGGAACUGCGAAAAAUCGCAAAUUUACGACACCAUUACCCUCACGGUGCGCAUGACCCUCCCCGUCGUGCUGUCUAUGCAAUUUCACUAUGGUGACACGACACUGUGGACGGAGCUCGCAACACUGUCCAAGCACGCAGACGCCCGGCUACGUUACCUCGAUGUCCUCAUGCAUGACGACGUGUCCGGGGACUCGGAUGCGCAAGUGUGGUUGGACCAAUGUCUCCCUCUAUUCUCCGACAGCGAUCUCCUCUGCAUCCGCCUCAGGCUCGUUGACCAGAUUGACAGAGUCAUCGACGCGGAGGAGUUCGAAUCAAUGGUCGAUGAUGAGGAUGAGCUUGUGAGCGACCAUUGGGAAGACAUACAGAACGAGGCGCCCCAGGUGAUUGCGAAAGCGAUCCCGUCCCUCCGCUAUGUUGCCGUGUCGAGCGGGUACAUGGUCGAGAACGACGCAGCACCUGGAGGGUCGAGCUUCCGUGGACAGGCACAGUGGUGGCGCGUCGUGGGUGACGAAGAAGGCUCAGGGGUUGCAGGAAGUGAUCAAGGAUCGCGGUCGGUGGAGGUCGAUGAAGAAGACUCAGAGGAUGCGGAAAGUGGUGAGGGAGAGGGGCUGAUCGAGAUCGAUGAAGAGGAGGGAGAACGGAUUGAUGAGUACCUGCGCAGCGAGGCCUUCGCGAAGACCUUGAAGCUGUAGGUAUAUUGGCGGAUUCGCGCACACCCAUUCGGCCCCGCUCAAGGAUCAGCACGCGGGGUCUCGCGAAAACCUGACGUUGCUGUCACGAAAGUGAUGAGUCCGCAACAACAUCGCACGAGCACGCACUGAGCGCUCAACCUCGGACGAGCGAGCAACCGUGGUCGUUAGUUCACUAACAAAGAACGAUUGUGCUGCACAACUUCGUCGGUUUGGAACAGUGUGAGACAGGGUUUGCAUACACUAUCAGCAUGCGUAACCCCCAAGUGUCACCGCGUCGUAUUCCAGUUAAAAGAAAAUAAUGACUAUCGUCCUACACUGUAACCCUCGCCUACCUGUACAAAAGCCGGAACAAACGACACCAACGUAAUCGUUGGCCAUAGAAACAC